AGUGCCUCCGCCACCAGCCGCCGGCUCCGGGAACUGCUGAGCCAGCGUGGGCCGGGCGAGGCGCCCAGCCAGGUCCAAAGCAGCCCGGAUGGGCAGCACCUGCUGCUGCUCCUGCAGGGUCGGACCUGGAGAGGACUGCAGCAGACCCUGGAGCUGUGCCACGGAGCCCGUGCUCGGAUUGUUUCCAUCUGCAGCCAGGGGGACAGCCUGGUCUGGUGCGAGGAGAGACCCCCCUCGAGUGCUCAUCUGGACCCCGGCAGGGGGGCCUUCAGGUUCUGCAUUUGCACCAGGGCUCUGGAGGUGGGGGAGCAAGAGGCCCGCCUGGGCGCCCUGAGCAUCUUGGUGCACAACAGCCCCCAGUACCACGUCCUGGCCUCACCCCAGCAUGUUUUCCUGGUGCCCACCGGUGCCGCCUGUGCCAGCAUCUCCACGUUCCUGCUCAUCUGGUGCCCACGGGCCCGAGCGUUCGUCCACAGCGAAGCCCUGCGCUCCGGCGACUUCAAGAAGCUCGUGCUUGGGUCUGUGGGUCUCCUGUUGUCCGCGGUGCCCCUGGACGUUCAUGCGUGCGCCCUGUCCAGCUGCGGGGGGCUCCUGCUUCUCGGCUCGCACGGUGCCGUGCAUCUGGUGCAGCCUGACGGGGCCUGGAGGCACGUCUGGGAUGUGGAGGGCAGCCGCCUGGCCCGGGGAGAGCCCGUGCAGCUGACGGCCUUUGGCGGCACCCUGGCCUGCGUGCGGGCCGGGGGCCU